AUGAAGCACUCUUUGUUUUCGCUCGCCUUCCUGGCAAGCUCCGCCAUGGGCUAUGAUCAACUCCUCGGCUUUAAUGAGAAGGCACAAGUUGAAACCAGAAGCCUCGACGAGAUCCACAAAGCUGCCUUGAAAGAGGGAGGCACUGUUACCUGCUGGCACGGAGGAGAUGCGCCCAACCAGCGAGCCAGUCUUAAACAAGCCUUUGAGAAACGCUUCCCCGGCAUGACGCUCAACGUCACUGUCGAUCUGUCCAAGUACCAUGACGCCAGAAUAGAUCAGCAGCUCGCCGCCGGUGGAAAAUCGGUCUACGUCGACAGCGUGAUCCUGCAGACGUUGCACGACUAUCCCCGCUGGGCUCAGGAGGGCGCGCUGCUCAACUACGCCCCCAAGGGCUUUGACCAGAUCGAGCAUGCUUUCAAGGACAGCACGGCGUAUUGGUAUGGUGUGUACGUCUUGUUCUGGGCUAACGCCUGGAACACUGACAAGCUGCCUGGCAUCAAGGCGCCGACCGAGUAUGCCGAUUUCCUUCGGCCCGAAUUCAAGAACAAGCUUGCUCUGACCUACCCCAACGACGAUGACGCUGUUCUCUAUGCCUUUUAUCUCAUUAUGCAGCAGAACGGCGCAUCUUGGUUCGAGGACCUACUCAAGCAGAACCCUCGCUGGGUCCGCGGUACAGCAACCCCAGGCAACAUCAUCCGCUCAGAGAACGCCACCGAGGCUGCAUACUUCGCCGUCGGCGGACGCUUCGGUGAGUCCAAGCCUCUAAAGUUCGCCCAUCCCAAGCAGGGAAAAUACGUAUCCUGGCCGCAGACCGCCGCUAUCCUCAAGGACGCUCCUCACCCCGAGGGAGCCAAGCUUCUUCACAACUACAUUCUCAGCGAGGAGUUCCAGUCUACUAUGGGACUUUGGUCUGUCCGUCGCGAUGUUGCCACUCCAACUGGUUUCCCUCCUCUUCGCAACGAGACUGCUACCAACCCGACCGAGUUUGCGCGAUUCAUGAAGGAUAGAGUUUUGGUCGAGAGACUUCGAUUCUGGUUUGAGGCUCGUAUUGGUACCGCACAGGGUGUCGACCCUAUCUACAAUCCUAUCAACCAGUGA